AUGACCACAAAGUAUGCGUUGUGCGACAAUGAAUGGUUGUUGGGAUUGUACGAGAACCGUAGUCUUUGGGUUCCAUGCUUCCUAAAAACUUUUUUCUGGGCUGGAAUGUCAACUACACAACGAAGUGAAAGCAUGAAUGCUUUUUUUGAUGGGUACGUCCACCCAAAAACAUCAUUGAAACAAUUCGUUCAACAAUACGAAAGAGCAUUGAGAGAUAAAGUGGAAAAAGAGGUCCAAGCUGAUUUUAAAUCAUUCAGCCAAAUAGUCCCAUGUGCAACAACAUAUGAGAUGGAAAAGCAAUUCCAAACGGUGAACACUAUUUUCAAAUUUAAAGAAAUCCAAGCCGAGUUUGUGGGUAAGGUUGUUUUGAGACAAUUUACGAGGUCCUAG